AUGUCUAUCAUCAACCCUCUCCGCCUCGCUCGUCUACCUCUGUCCCGCGCCACUUCUUCGCUGCUCCGUUCCUCAGUCUCUCAACGUACUCCCUUCGUCGCAACUCCCCUCCGAACCUUUUCUUCCACUCCCAUCCCUCACUUCUCAUACUCUAUUCCCAAAAUGGGUGGCAAGGUUAUCAACAUUAAGACCGCUGCGGAAUACAAGCAGUUGGUUACCGACGCCAAGGAGCCCGUUGUCGUCGACUUCUUCGCCGUCUGGUGCGGUCCCUGCAAGGCCAUCUCCCCCGCCAUUGAGAAGUUCUCCGAAGCCCACGAGCACGUCAAGUUCUACAAGGUUGACGUCGAUGAGCUGUCCGAUGUUGCUGCCGACAACGGUGUCUCCGCUAUGCCUACAUUCCUCUUCUACAAGAACGGCGAGCUCCUCGAGACUGUCCGUGGUGCCAACCCUCCUGCCAUCCAGAAGGCUGUCGCCGCCGUCGCUGCCCAGUAA